UUANNGCAAGGCAAUGUCAGUUGCAUCACUGCCAGCCCCGACCAUGUCUAUCUCGGCUCUCCGGACGGUACUCUACGCAUCCUGAACCAAGCAUUCAAGACAACCCAAUCAUGGAAAGCUCAUGAAGCUGGCGCAUUAACCAACAUCCGCCAAAUCCCUCACUCGUCGCUACUCGUCACCCUCGCCGAAGAUCUACCCCAUGAACCUGUCCUGAAAGUCUGGGCAUUGGACCGCCCCGAUAAGAAGACUGGCAUUCCACGCUGCCUCACCACCGUCUCGGUCACAAAUGGCAGGAAGCCUUUCCCAGUGUCUGCCUUUGCUGUCCUGCGCGAUCUGUCCCAAAUCGCCGUCGGCUUUGCAAAUGGUGCUGUGACGGUCAUAAGAGGCGACUUUAUUCAUGACAGGGGAACAAAACAACGUACCGUGCUCGAGACAGACGAGCCCAUCACUGGUCUGGAGUUCAGGGAAGCCAACGUCACUACUCUAUUCAUCUCCACCACAAGCAGGAUAUCAACCCUUAUCAUUUCUGGCAAAGGUCAGGGUCAGCCCGCUCGUACUCUGGAUGAACACGGUUGCGCUGUUGGCUGCCUGACGAAAGACUUGCAUUCGAACGACAUAAUUGUUGCUCGCGACGACGCUGUCUACGCUUACAAUCCUCGUGGCAGGGUAGCCUCGUAUGCCUAUGAAGGUCCAAAGAAGCUCACGGCCAUGUACAAGGACUACGUGUUGCUGGUCUCGCCGCCAAAGUCUAUGAACAACGCUCCCACCAGAUCCUUUGGCGGUGGCCAGGCAGACGAUCUCUUCAGUACCUCCAACUUCACCAUCCUAAAUCCCGACCUCAAACUCAUCGCGCACACCGAGGCUUUGCCUAGUCAGGUCAAUGCCCUAUUCUCUGCUUGGGGCCAGGUUUAUGUGAUUACACUUGAUGGCAAAGUACUACGAUACACAGAAAAGACCUUCCAACAAAAGCUUGAAAUUCUGUAUCAGCGUGAGUUCUUCGUGCUAGCCAUCAAUCUGGCACAGAAGGAAAAAGUAGACGCCGUCCAGCAGAAUCUGAUCUUCCGCAAAUAUGGCGACUACCUCUACCGCAAAGGCGACUUCGACACCGCCAUGCAGCAAUACCUUCGCGCUAUUGACAACACCGAACCAUCACAAAUCAUUCGUAAGUUCCUCGACAACCAAAGGAUACGCAAUCUCAUCGAGUAUUUGGAGGAAUUGCACGAACACCACAAGGCUUCUUCCGACCAUACUACACUGCUACUGAACUGCUAUGCGAAAUUAAAAGAUGUCGAAAAGCUCGAAGAUUUCAUCAAGUCACCUGGAGAUCUGAAGUUCGACCUCGACACUGCCAUUACAAUGUGUCGUCAAGGCGGCUAUUCAGACCAGGCAGCGUUCCUGGCGAGAAAACAUGACGAGCAUGGCUUGGUUGUUGAUAUCCUGAUCGAGGAUCUGAAGAGAUAUGCCGAAGCUUUGGCUUAUAUCUGGCGUCUGGAACCCGAGCAGGCCUACGACAGUCUUACCAAGUAUGGCACUGUACUUCUUGAGCACUCUCCAGAGGACACGAAACAACUCUUCAUCGACUACUUUACAGGAAACUUCCGUCCCAAAAAGGAUGCUGUGGUGGAACAGGAGAUCACUCCGGAACAACAACAAUCUGGAGGCAUUGGCAAAAUGGCAACCUCCGCUGUGCAAAACCUGGCUGCUCUGAUACCGUUGCCCUACAUGAGCGCAGACGUACCACGAACGCCUGGAGGUACUAAGACCACACAGCAAGUCAUCGAGACUACUGUUGAGGAUGAGUAUGUCGAGUACAAGGUACCCAAGCCACGGGCAGCAUUCUCUUCCUUCGUCGACCAUCCUGAUGAGUUUAUCUCGUUCCUCGAGGCCUGCAUUGCCAGCUCUGGAUUGAAGGAUGAAGACAAGACAGAUCUCUACACAACACUGUUCGAGAUGUAUCUACAGAUCGCCAGCAAAAAGACUGGCGACGACAAGACAGAGUGGGAGGGUAAAGCCAGGCAGUUGGUUGAAGAACAGAAUAAUACUAACUCUGUUCACAGNACACGAAUGGGCACAUCCAACAUCCUCUUGCUCUCACAUCUGUCAAACUUCCGAGAUGGCACCACUCUAGUCAGAGAACAGCGCGGCCUCUACUUUGACAUCUUCCGCUCCUACACAGCCGCAAACGACACCGCCGGCGCCAUAAAAGCCCUCCGUAAAUACGGACCCGAAGAACCACAACUCUAUCCGGCCGCCCUAGCCUACUUCACCUCGACCUCCUCCAUCCUCGCCGAAGCAUAUUCAGAGCUCGACGCCGUGCUCAAAAAGAUCGACGACGACGGUCUCAUGGCACCCCUCCAAGUCAUCCAAACCCUCUCCCAAAGCAAAGUCGCCACCAUGGGUCUGGUAAAAACCUACCUCUCCCGCACCAUCGAGCGCGAACGCGCGGAAAUCGCCAGUAACCGCAAACUCAUUUCUUCCUAUCGCACCGACACGGCAGCCAAAGCGAAUGAGUUGGAGACUUUGGCGACGAAGCCUGUUUCCUUUGCUGCUACACGAUGUGCGGCUUGUGGCGCGCCGUUGGACUUGCCCACUGUGCAUUUCCUCUGCAAACACAGUUUCCAUGAGAGGUGUUUGUAUGUGGGUGCUGGGGACGAAGAGUCGGAUGUCGAGUGUCCGAAGUGUGCGGGCGACAAUGCGACGGUCAAAGCUAUCAAGCGGGCGCAGGAUGAGAGUGCUGAUAGGCACGAAUUGUUCAUGGAUGCGUUGGGCAGGAGCAGGGAUAAGUUUGCUACUGUUAGUGAGUGGUUUGGUAGAGGUGUUAUGGGCAGAGGGGCUGCUGGUGUCGAGUAA